CCUCGCCUCGCCUCGCCUCGCCUCACACGGCCUCGCCUGUCCGCUCCUCGCCGCGGAGGGGCGGCGCUGCCUCCCCGCACGCCCCCGCUCCGUCUCCGGGAAGGGAGCGGGGAGCCCCUCGCUGCCCCCCGGCUGGUCGCGAUGCCGCGUUAGCGGAGCCCCCCCCCCCCCCCCCCCCCCCUCCCCAGGAAGCUGCCGGGGCUGUGGCUGGCACCAUGGGCACCGCGCUCCGGGGCGCGGCGGCCGGGCUCCCUGCGCGCUCCGGCUGAGCCGGGAAGGGGAUGCGCCGGCGCCCGGUGGAAAUAUUUUGGAAACGGCGCGGAGCGGUGCGAGGAGGACGAGCGGCGCGGCGUUUCACCGGCUGAGGAGGAGGAGGUCGCCCGGCGGUAGCGUCUAGGCAAACAAAUAUCACUUGCUGUGUCAUAGCACAUGGAUUUCAGGACCGCCUGUGAAGAGACAAAGACAGGGAUUUGUUUGCUGCAGGAUGGUAACCAGGAGCCUUUCAAAGUGCGACUGCACUUAGCCAAAGAUAUUCUGAUGAUCCAGGAGCAGGAUGUGAUCUGUGUGUCUGGUGAGCCUUUCUAUUCUGGUGAAAGAACAGUAACAAUUAGAAGACAGACUGUAGGAGGAUUUGGAUUAAGUAUAAAGGGUGGAGCAGAACAUAAUAUUCCAGUGGUCAUUUCUAAAAUUUCCAAAGAACAAAGAGCGGAACUUUCAGGUUUGCUCUUUAUAGGAGAUGCAAUUCUGCAGAUUAAUGGAAUUAAUGUGAGAAAAUGCAGGCAUGAAGAAGUGGUUCAGGUCCUUCGCAAUGCUGGGGAGGAAGUGACUCUAACUGUGUCCUUUCUGAAGAGAGCACCUGCUUUUCUCAAACUGCCACUGAAUGAGGACUGUGCAUGUGCCCCCAGUGACCAGAGCAGUGGCACAUCCUCUCCCCUGUGUGACAGUGGUUUGCAUCUCAACUACCAUCCCAACAACACGGAUACAUUAUCAUGUUCCUCAUGGCCAACAUCCCCAGGACUAAGGUGGGAAAAAAGGUGGUGUGAUCUCCGGUUAAUUCCACUUCUUCAUUCACGGUUUUCCCAGUACCUUCCAGGAUCAGAUUUGUGCAGGCAAAAUGCGUUCCAAGUAAUUGCUGUGGAUGGGGUUUGCAGCGGAAUAAUUCAGUGUCUCUCUGCUGAAGACUGUAUUGACUGGCUACAAGCAAUAGCAAGUAACAUUUCCAACCUCACAAAGCACAAUAUUAAAAAAAUCAACAGGAAUUUUCCAGUAAACCAGCAGAUAGUCUACAUGGGCUGGACGGAAGAACGGGAACAAGACUCCCUUCAGGAUCGAAUGUACACACCAAAGUUUCUAGCACUGAGGGGAUCUUCUCUUUAUAAAUUUAUGGCACCUCCAGUCACAACCUGGGAUUGGACAAGAGCUGAGAAAACGUUUUCAGUUUAUGAGAUAAUGUGCAAAAUUCUCAAGGACAGUGAUCUACUGGAUCGUCGGAAACAUUGUUUUGGUGUCCAGUCUGAAUCUGGAGAAGAUCUUUACUUUUCUGUGGAAUUAGAGUCUGAGUUAACACUAUGGGAAAAAGCCUUCCAGACUGCAACUUUUUUAGAAGUUGAAAGAAUACAGUGCAAGACAUAUGCCUGUGUUUUGGAGAGUCAUCUUAUGGGACUUACCAUUGACUUCAGCAUGGGCUUCGUCUGUUUUGAUGCUGCCACAAAGGCUGUACUUUGGAGGUACAAGUUUUCCCAGCUCAAAGGUUCUUCAGAUGAUGGGAAGAGCAAAAUCAAAUUCUUGUUUCAAAACACAGAUACAAAACAAAUUGAAGCAAAGGAGCUGGAAUUUUCCAACCUGUUUGCAGUCCUUCACUGUAUCCACUCAUUCUUUGCAGCCAAAGUGGCUUGUUUGGACCCUUUGUUUGUAGGCAGUCAAGCCACAACUUCUGCUGCUCCCACAACUUCUGGUACUGGCAAAUUAAAGUAUACUACUUGAUAUCUCACAUUACAGCACUGCCACUUAAGAAAAAGACGCAACAAUGUAUAAAUAUUCAUAAGAUGCAGACCUUUGGUGAACCAUGUACGUGGAAACCAAUCCUGGAAUCAAGACACUUUGCAGCAUCAGCAGAUAGAUGAUCACAUGGGAUCAUAAAUUCAUCUCUGUUCUGCAAGACACCAGUAAAUAAUCCCAGCCAAAACCCCAGAAUAGGAUGGAUAUGCUUUUAGUAUGAUCUAUUUGUACUUAUAUAGUACUUUAAGCAACAUUGGAAGCAAAGGAAUAAAUGAUGCAAUGGAGCACUUCAGUAUUUAAUAAAAUUUUCAAAUGGCUGUAAUAAUACACAAAUAGAAUUGUCAUUUUCCUGUUUUCAGAUUUUUUUUAAAUGACAAUAUGCUAAACUCUGAGAAUGAAGUUAAUACCCAAUGAUUGUGUUAUAAAUGACAUAAGAGCAAGCAACAAGCGUAUAGUACAUGUUGACAAGGAGAUGAGCAUGAAAAGGCAUUUGUGUAAGUAUCUCCUCAAAUAAGAAAGCACUUUAAGCAUUGUUGUAAAUCCAUACUUGUGUCCAUACGUGAAGUAUGGAGUCAUGCUACUUUUUCUAUUUUGUUCUUUUAUUCUAACAAUAACAAGAUAUAGCCAUAUUGACUGGCAUAUAGAAUAAAAACAAAACAAAACAAAACAAAAAACAUAACCCUUCUUCCAUGAGUAAGUCCCUGUUCUUCAAGUGAAGAUUAUGUGACAUGUAUUUUAUUUUAAUUACAAGUUAAGUGCAAAUGUGUAAAAUAUCAUGUCUGCUAUUUACUUCUCCAUUUUUUUAGUUACUAAGUUCUGUAAAUCGAAAAGUCUUUGCUUGCAAGACUUAGCUGUUGAAUUUGUUUCAGACAUAAUCAACCUAACACAUUGCUCCCAUGUUUAACCUUUGUUCCACUCAGGAUCUCAACAAAAUAGGAGUUUGAAUUAUGCUUGAAAAAUGAGUCCAAUUUUUGAAUUCUUAAUAAUUUCUUUUUAUAUAUUGCUAGUAAGAGACAGGAAUAAGAUAAAAUAAAUAACCUGUAACAAUAGAAUAGAUGACAAUGGAUAAUGUCUUUGUAUAUUAAAAAUAUUACAUCACCCUCAACUACAUAUUAUCCAUACUAGUUCCAGGGUCUCAUUUAUUGAUGAAAUCUGAAGGAUUUAUACAUUCAUAACUAAUAAUAUUAUUUAAAUAUAAUUUUGCAAAAUAAUUCAAUUUUUUGCUAUUACACACAUCAGUGAAGAUGGCAAAGUGGUGAGAGAACGUGUAGGAUUUAGCUAUAGCAGCAAAAGAGGUGAUGUGUUUUUUUUGGCCAGACAGCUUAUAAACUUAAAAGACUGCAGAAAGAACAGUUAGUGCAGAUUCAGUGUGUGCAUAGUAUUUUAAAUAAUACUUUCUGGAGUUUCUAUUUUUUCUCCUUCCCCAGUUAAGCUCGUUAUAAAUACUCAUAGAAGAUAAGGGUUGGGGACACAACCUCUCACGUAUCAGAAAGACAAAAUCUUUCACAUCCACUUUUAUAUAUUAAAAUAAGGAAAACUUCAUAAGAGAAACCAGAGAAAAGCUUUUUUCACAAUGGGAAUAAUUCAAAUGUAAUGCAGACACAAAAAUGAAUAAACUGCAGUGGCAAAUUAUGCAUCUUUUUUUUGCUUUGCAGUAGAAAUAUUUGGAUUUAUGUGUGUAAGAAAGUGUCCUUGCAAAAUGGGGAACUGAAGUAAAGCUGAUAGCAGAAGAUUCUAGUUAUAUAUGUACUAGCAUCUGAAUUCAGAUUAUAAUGAAAUCUGAAAAAAUAUGUUCUGGCAACUCUUUAUCAUUUCCAAAUGACUAUCAGUAGGUGCUUACUUCUUAUUAGUACAUCUCCAAGUGUUACAGUAUUAAAAAUGUCUUAUUUUCAA